AUAACCCACAUCGGCAAGACGCAACGCACCCAACCGCAACAGAGCAAAGCCUCGCGAAACUCCGCAAGCAGUGUACGACGCACGUGCUCAGCACACUUCGCCACCCCGGCCGUCGCAGCGCAGCAGCACAGCACUCAGUAACGGGUGAGACAGCAUGUCGUUCUUCACGAAAGGACUCGCGGGCAUCUUCAACAACGGAAAGGCUCGCAAGAAAGACGAAGGGAAGGGCUCUGACAAGAAGAAGGACAAGAAGGACGAAGGGAGCUGGGAGAAGCUCACGGACGUCUACGGCCGCACGUACUGGCAGCACAGCAAGACAGGCGAGUGGCACUUCGGCUACGGUGGCGGCUUUGUCCCUCCCGUUGGGACGGUCAACCCGUCCCCCAUGGGCUACCCGGGCGGCCCGGUCUUCACGCCUUCGCCGGUGCCCGGCGGCACACUCUUCCCUGUCGCUGUCGCUGGCCCCCCCGGCAAGAAGAAGGAGAAGAAGGAGAAGGGCAAGGGGUGGUGGGAGACGAAGUACGACGAGGAAGGGGACCGGUACUGGGAGCACACGGUGACCAAGAAGACCACCUACAAGGACCCCUACUACUGAACACGAAGAAGACGAGUAGAAAGAGAACGAACAAACAAGAGGUUUGGCUGUAUAUAAGCGUGCAGGCUGUCCAUGGUGGAGUGGAGUGGGACUCGUGGUCGGAUAAUACGCAAGUGUAGAGUUUCUUCUCGAGGAUGCCCUCGAUAAAACCCGAAAGUUCUAUGGCAGGAUGUUUCGGGAUAACUAUAUAAAAAGAAGACGUCUUGGGGUAAUAUAUGUUGCAGAGGCCCAGUUGAUGGUAGCAAAGGCAGAGCUACUACUGUAGCUCCUUGUAAUCUACGCCCCUUUGCGACCGCUCGGCGCCAUUCUGUCACACAAACCAGUCCCCUUGCGUGUGGCAUAUGUAUGUAUAUGUUGAGUGCCUUUGUUUUUUUUGUGUAGUGUGGCGAAAACAUGGGGAAUGAGUUCUACGAUAGGUUGCGACGACAGCAAGCAGUGCAUUUUCACGCGGGGGGUAACGAGUGCGGGGGUUGAGUUAAUGUGGGGAUUGUUCGGGUUCAUGCGAUUGUGCAGAGGACAGAAUGACGGGAACUUUUUCCUGUGCGUAGUUCGAUUUUAGAGUCUGUUUGUGCCUUGUUCGGAUCGUCCUUGUUUAAUGUUGGACUAAGAUUCCGUUGUAGUUAGUUGUGUCUUUAACACUUCGUAUGUCUUUUAAUGGUUUUGGCGAGUCAGACUACACCAAUACUUCGGUGGGGUAUUGGUACGGUGAGAUGAUUACGUAGGGUAAGAGUUCACACAACACACAAACAAGAAAGUAUUUAAGGAUGCAUGCGCCCAUUUUGUGUCGGCGAGUGCUAUAGUAUAGGGAGGGCUCUCAUGUUUCGAGUGGGCUUGGCGUGGGGGUCUGAGGUGCUGAACAGGAACCACGUGUGAAGGGUGCACGCGUUUACGUAUUUGGGAUUGGCGGAAGGGUUGGGACGAACGUAGGAAAUGGGAGCGCCGUAAGGCUGCACUCAUUCGGGAGGAAAACUGGCGCAUUUUUUACGAUCAUCCUUGGAAAAGGGGGAAGCAGAAGGCUGUACUCGUUUCGGGAAUGCACUGUUUUUGGUUAGGGAGGAGGACUGGGUGUAAGCUUGUGGGCACAAACUCCGUGUACAUGCGAUGUGUAGGCAGAAGUGCUUUGAAGCAGG